UGUGUGUUUGGAAGACAGUCAGUGGCUGUCCGGUGUUUAGCGAGGUAGCAGCUAGGCUGUGCUGUGCUGUGCUGUGCUGUGCCAACAGCGGCUAAAAAGAUGCACAAAGCCAGGGCUGUGUACAGUGUAGAGAUCCCUGUAAGCUAGUAUAUGUUUAUUUUAGAGGGGCUGGCAUCGUAUAAGACAAACGUUUAUUGAAAUGGCCGGAAUUAUUAAAAAGCAAAUUCUGAAGCACUUGUCAAGGUUCACCAAGAAUCUGUCCCCGGAUAAAAUCAAUCUGAGCACGUUGAAGGGGGAGGGCCAGCUCUCCAACCUCGAGCUCGAUGAAGAGGUUCUGCAGAACAUGCUUGACCUGCCUACCUGGCUGGCUGUCACACGGGUCUACUGCAACAAAGCCGCCAUCAGGAUACAAUGGACAAAAUUAAAAACAAGCCCCAUUUGCUUGUUCUUGGAUAAGGUAGAAGUAGAAAUGAGGACAUGUGAGGAGCCACGACCACCCAAUGGCCCCUCUCCUAUAGCUAUCACAGCAGGCCAGAGCGAGUACGGCUUUGCAGAGAAAGUGGUUGAGGGCAUGUCUGUUAGGAUCAACUCCAUCACCAUCAAGGUGCAGGCUCGUGCCUUCCACGCCUCCUUCGAGCUCUGGCAGCUGCAAGGCAACAGCCUCAACCCCAAAUGGCAACGCAGCGACCUCCGCUACACCCGCGUCACCGACCCAAAGAGAGGAGAGGUGUUGACAUUCAAAGAAAUUAACUGGCAGAGUCUACGAAUUGAGGCAGAUGCCAUUGAGAGUGACGACCAGGACCUUGGUAGCACCCCGUUACGUCUCAUCACCAACCAGGGUCGCAUUCGCAUCGCUCUAAAACGCAGAAUAAAGGACUGUAAUGUGCUGGCAUCCAAGCUUCUUUUCAUUCUGGAUGACCUGUUGUGGGUCCUGACAGACUCUCAGCUCAAGGCCAUCAUCCAUUAUGCCAAAUCUCUCAGUGAGGCCAUGGAGAAGUCUGCCCAGCAGAGGAAGAGCAGGACUGCUGAAUCCCUACAGACUGCUCCUCCAUCUCCUGGUCUCCACAGCCUCUGGACAGAGUCUCCGCCUGCUCCUGCUGGCACCCCUAGCAACAUGAGUCAGUACUUUGAUCUCUACGAUGUCAAGGAGUCUUCUUACCACACCUUCAUAUCCCGCUUGGAUUUACACAUAUGUAAUGACAGUUCCUCAAUGGAUGAAGAUGAGCCUCCUCCACCAGGCUUGCAAGGCGCCAUGCAGCUGACAUUCAGGAAGCUGGGUUUUGACUACUAUCCUGUCCACAGACCUGCUGAUGGAUGUCAACACUGGGAACGCCACAGUGGGGCCAUGGAGGCUCAGGCCCAGUGGGCUGGGAAACUGCUGCAGGAGUAUCAGAGGAGAGCAGAGGCUUCUUGGCUCCCAGGACCACAUAGUGAGGUGCCCCAGUCAUCCAAAGACCCCCCUGCAAAGAUAAUUCAAGAUGGACAGUCUAGUCCCAAGUCGAGCCCCUCUGACACAGACCGGGGGUCCAGCAGGAACUCUGCCACCGUGGGUUCAUCUCUGAAGAGGCUGCGAUCUAGCUGUGUGGUGGUCAGGAUCGAUGAUGUGGACAUUCACCAGGUGUCUACAAGAGGCCGUCAAAACAAGAAGACUCAAUCUUUGUUAUCCUGUAAUCGCAAAGCUCUACGUUUGCCUGACAACAUACCAGCAGUUCAUCUGCAGUUUACUGAGUACUACUUUCCUGACAACCCCAGUUUAUCAGUCCCCACCUCAAACCUGUAUGCUCAGCUGAACAGCCUCCAGCUCUGUGUAGACCCAGCCAGCGUGCUGUGGAUCAAUCUGUUCUCCAGGGGUCUGCUGCACACCCUGGAUCAGGUCAAAGCUUUCUACCAUUUGCAAGAUAGUAGCAAGGCUGACGAGCAUGUCGACAUUCGUAUUGAUGCAGCUCAGCUCAAGCUGAUAAUCCCCUUGGAUUCUUCCAUAUUGGACCAUCCAGAGCGUCCACAGUCCCUCUCUGUUAUUGUACCCCAGAUGGCACUCAGCAAUACCCGCCACUGCCCUCACGGGUCCAGAGCUGACCUCAACAGCACCUAUGACAAGUUCGCCAGCUGCUCUUUCUUCCAGCCCACACCUCCGUGCCCCUACCCCAGAGACCAGAGUGCCUUCCACCCGAUCCCAUCCACCUUCCUCCAGCACUCUCAAGAGACGGAGCCCCAGCCUCUGAACAUGAAGCAGCUUCGACCCCAGGAUGUGUGGUCUCUCAGUCUUUCUCGUGUGUCUCUAGGUUUUGAUGGAGCUCGGCAAUUCCCUAAAGGCAGAACCCAGCCUUUUGUUGAGCCCUUUGCCAUGUCUGUGUGGAUGUGUCAGCCCUCUGCCUUUAACAAUGGUUCACCGUCUUCCUCCUCCAGUCCCAGCAGAGCCCACCAGCCUUCUUCCGAGCAGGAAGAGGCUUCACUUGCUUCUGUCCACCUCUUGGCCCAUGCCAUCACUCCAGUGAAGAUGUGGCUCAACCACUACCAGUAUGUUGCCCUGCUGAGGAUGAAGGAUGCCAUGGCUAGACUUGGGGCAGAGAUGGGCCGGGAUGUACGAGAUGUCAAGCAGGCUCAUGGCCAGAAGACAAAACCUGUUACAGUGUGUCUUUCCCUCAUUGUGGACUCUGCAGAAUUGGGCCUCCUGUUGCCUCCAGUCUCUUUAGAGCCCGAGGAAGAGGUCCCGCACACCCCAGAGACAGACAGUCCCAGCAUUACGGACUCUGACAUCUCCCCCGCUCAUCAUUCUGCAGAUGUGGUUGUGGAGGAGAGCGGGUUAGAAAACGGCAUCUCCUCCGUCAACGACGCUUUUGAUCAGGAUGAGCAAGACGGGGUGGUGGAGGAGGCAUGUGAGGCCGUGGAGGAGGGCUUGGAUUGUCUCACAACGCAGGAGGAAACCCCUGUUCUCUCACCUGCACUCUCACCUGUGCACUCCCCUGUCCUCUCCCGCGAACCAUCAACCUUCAGCCUGGAGGGAGAGCUGUCAAGCGCCAUUAAUGUCACCAAGGAUGUGACCAAAGAUGCCAUUAGUGCCUCGCUGGAUCUGACCAAAGGGGCGUUUUCAAUUACGAAAGACGCCUUUAGCAUGCUGAGUCGUGGCUCAGGGAUGAGCAAAUUGUUCAGUCCGCAGGCAAAGGAACAGGUCCAGCGUUCUGAAGAGUCCUCCCCCUCUCUGGCUGGCAGCCUGCGCCACCCAACCAUGAAGCAGUCGCCUUCCCAGCAUUCCUUUGAUAGCGCUAUCUUGGAUGGCAGCCUGCCUGAUGAAAAUCUCUCCGUGGACAGUGAUGUCAGCGACAAUUUUUUUGUUCUUAUGGACACAGAGUCAGGUAUGGAGUCCAUGCGUCCCAACAACACUCCUGCUGGCAGUCGAGGUAGCCCAGCUCCUGGGACAGAGGGAGGUUCAUCAGCUGACCUCAGCAGCUCUCUGUCCCAAAGCACUGAGGACGUAUCUCAGGAUAUGUCCUCAGUGUUGUUGCUGAUCCUGAGUGAAACAGCCUGUACCAUGGAGGUAAAGGGAGAAGACCAAGUUGUGGCUGUAGAAGUCCAGAAUCUGAGCCCUGUGCAGAUGGGCACUGUCAGGGUAUCAGACCUGCUGGCUGGGCUGAUACAAGCUCCAGGCAGGCCAGUCCAGAAGCAGGGUAGCAGGAGCUCUCCUGCUGUGUGCAUGCGAGCAGAAAUGGGUCCAUCUGCCGCCCGACACUCUGCUCUGGCUGAGUCACUGGGCUUCCUGGAUGUGAGAGUGCAAGACUGCAAGGCAGAGCUGUUAGCCUCCACAGUGGCUAACAUCGGCCCUUUUCUCGAAGACGAAUUCAGUGUUGAUGGUCAGCCUAUGAAGUUGCACAUGAGCAACGUCACCAUCACGAUGAAGGAUGAUAGCCCUAAAAUCUACCCCACAGCCCCUCAACCUGUCCCAGCCUCAUUCGUUGUGGAUCAGCUGCUCCUCGAACGCAGUGAAGAUGGCAUCAUGAGGCUCAAAGCUGAAGGGACGGACCCUAGAGCCUCAGCAGGUGUUCCCCUCGGUGGCUUGGAAAAGCAAAACGGUUCCUCCUGCAUUCGACAGCAGAACGAGAGACAAACCCUGGAGUCACAGCUCUCUGAUGCUCAGGCUGCUCUCACUCAGGCCCUCAGAGAACAAGAACGCCUCCUUCUGGAAGUCAAGAAGUAUGACCCCACGUUUACCCUCUGAGCCUCUCUGUCUCUUACCUCUCAAGUCACUGUAUCGCUGCUCCUGACGAGGAACAGUGAUGGGAUGUAUCAGGCUGAAUGGCAGGAACCAGCAAGACUCAUUUAAAGCAUGUCUGGCCAUUGGACAUGUUUGAAAAGAAGAUGAAUCCAAGUUGUGGCUUUGGAUCACAUCCCACUUGCUGUAUCACACUGGUAAUAUUACAAGAGAGCCCCUGUAACAGUCAUGAAAAGGGGCACAUAGUAAAUUAACUUAUAAGAACAUUAACUGUACUGCUUUUUAUCUGGCAGUCUAGAUAUUCCUCAGAUUAUUGUGGUUAUUUCUCAUCCAAAUCAGUGUGGACAGCAAACUCAUUAUGUGGUUUUAGUGUUUGUCACACAGCAUGCAAAAGUAAACAUCAUCGAGCUUUAAUUCUAUCCAGCUAGUUAUUUGUUUUACGGAAAUGCUGUGGAGUGGAGCACCUGCCAAAACCUUCUCUCACCUGCUCCGACACUGCCAGACAGCUGCUAGUCCAUCAGGCGCUCCCUCUAUGAAACACAACUUGCUGUCAAGCAUGCUUUGUGAAUAGUGCUAAAUUACACCUAGCAUAGUCAUAAAGAGUAUAGACAUCCAAAUGUAAGUUACCUCCAUUAGGUGUGUGCUUGUUUUCAUUUAAAAGUAUUCUAAAAAAAAAAUUAUUAACAGCUGUUACUUGUAAAUGUGUUGUGAAAGGUAGGGAAAGCAAUGCACUUUGUUUUUAAAGAAAGUAGAAGUGCACUGCUCUCAUGGAGAGACCGAUGCAUUUCUGUUUCCACCUCGCUUGCUUUAUCACCAAGGUGGAAUGGUUACACACUCUUAUCAAGUUCUCUACGUUCUCAAAAAGCGGGAUUAAUCAUUCCCCAGUGUUAUUUUACUCUGUGUUGUGAAAUGUUGAUCAUGCUUCUUUUGUACUGUGAAACAGUGUGCUCCGUGGUUCACUGUCCACUCCAGACAACACGCCUUUCGACCUCUCCCCCCCAGUCGUGGAGAGCAGGUUGCACAGUAGCUUCAGUAUUGUAACUGGGUUAGUCUUUUUACUCUAAAUCUCUGGUUUAAAGAAGAUUUGGAUUAUACCAACUACCAGAGGUAUAAUACUCGAUCUCCUUCAAACUUGUUUUGUAGCUUGCCAGGAAACAAGUCAGAGUGCUAGUGUUAUUAUUACCUCUGAGCACAGUCAAUGUGUAUAUUUAUUUAGAUUUGUCAAAGCAUGUGUUUUAUGUUAGACCAGAGUUAUUUUACAGUUUACUAAAGCCAUAUCAAUCAAAGAAAAUGACAUUAAAACAAACUGUGGUACUGAUAAUGUAUGCUCAAACAGUUUGUCAUUUAAAUUCAUUACAAAAACUGAAACUUUUCACUGUUAAUCCUGAUCUGCUGGAAGUUGUAUCUAUCAGACCUGCUGCCAUUCAAUUUUUUUUCUAUGCAUAAACCUGUUAUAUGCAUGGAUUCAAACAAUGAUGCAUUUGUUCAUUAGAAUGACUGUUUAACAGUAUACCAUUUAUUUUAUGAAUGUUUUUAAUGAAAAUUACUUCUCGGAUAGCUACAUUUAAAGUACAAAUGUUCUGUUGUUAAAUCAGUGGAUUAGCCUUUGGAGUAUGUUGCCCAGCUUUAUGGUUACACAGCUGUUACAACUUCAUCAUUGUCCCAUUGUGUGCUUGGGAGACCCCUGGUGGCUGUAACCUGCCACAGCACCCUCUAUUCAAAAUAUCUUUCUUUUUCUUUUUACUUUGGUUGCCUUGCAAGCUAUGAAUGACAGAUUUGCUUUCCUCAAGAGGAAUGUAAGAUAUUUAAGCAAUAGAACGACAGCUUUGGUGUAACCAAAAACAUGACAAAGAAUGGUAACACUACACAUUUUUGAUAUGGGAUUCUUCACUUUUUACUGUGACCAAUGUCACAGAAAAUUGAUUUACCUGUCUACCAGGUUGUAAUGUUUUCUUCUAACUUGCAUAUGUGACCAACAUGUCCUCACUCUAUUAGUGUAAUAAAGCAGAGAUACUGCCAUUUAACCUCAUUAUCACUUAUAGUUAGAGUUCUUCUCAGCUUUUGGUGUUUGUUUUUGCAUGGCCUUAGUAGACAAAAACAUACAGUGGUACGAAAUUGAACUUCCCAUGCUGGACGCAACAUGUAGCUAUGAUAUUUAUCCAGUUCCCCCCCUCCUUAGUCAGGCCUCAGUGUUAAGUAGCAUCCCUACUCUGCUGUAAAACUGGUGCUGAGUUCCUUCUGCUCACAACCAUGCAGAAAGGAAGAAAUGGACAGGAAGUGACUCACUUCCCAAUGAGUUCGUUCCACUCAUGCGAAUGACCUGGCAAAAUGUCCGCACCAGGAAAGCAGAUGCAUGUACUGAAGUGAUGUAAAAGUUUAUGCCUUGUGAAUUACUUGCACUUGUGUGAUGAAUUCACUUGAAAUUGCACUCGUUUUAAUGUAAAUCACCUCAAAGGAUUGCAGAUGAGUCCUUGUGAAAUCUUCCUACGUAACGCAGUUGUUUGAGACCCUGUAUUGAGACAGUAUUUUUGUCAGCUGUGUAGAGUUGCAUUGAAUUUUGUAUUGUCUUUAUCACUUCAUUGAGACUAAUAUAAAAUUGGUUCUGUGAACCAGAGCUAGUAUGUUGAAAAUAUUUUAAAAGUGAAAAAAUAAACGAUUAAUUGCUGAACACA